UGAUCAUUUUUGCUGUCAAAAGAAUAUAAGAAAUUCUUCUACAUUUUCAGGCAAAGAAAGCAAGAGGUAAUUUUGCGCAAUGGGGUUUCUAAAUCUUUUCAUCGUCGCACUAAUGCCCGUUCUCAAAGUAAUAUUGAUCACCGGAGUUGGCUUGUUCAUUGCUUUGGAUCGCAUAAAGCUGCUGGGCCCCGACCCAAACCGCCAUUUGAACGAUCUUGUGUUCUAUGUCUUAAGCCCUGCACUUGCAGCCACCAGCUUAGCUGAAACCGUCACUUUCCGAAGUUUCAUCACACUGUGGUUCAUGCCAUUGAAUCUUCUGCUGGCAUUCGUUUUCGGUUCAUUACUUGCUUGGUUUCUCAUCAAAAUUACUAAAACUCCUAAACACCUUCAAGGCAUUGUAAUUGGCUGCUGUUCUGCAGGAAAUGUUGGGAAUUUGCCUCUGAUUAUGAUUCCAGCAGUCUGUGAGGAGUCAAAUAGUCCUUUUGGAGAUCCAGCUGUUUGUUCUAUGCAUGCUAGGCCAUAUGCUUCACUAUCUUUGGCUAUUGGCGCAAUUUAUAUAUGGUCGUAUGUGUACGGUGUCAUGCGAUUGUAUAUAAAUUCAAAUAUCGAAAAUGGCUCCAAUUCUGAAACACUUCCGAAGAGUUCCACUGAAUUAGUUGUUGUUCCUUCAAGCAAUGGUCACAAUAAUCCCACUAGUUUCGAUGGAACAAUUGCAAAGAUGUCAGCUUCGAAGGGAAUAAUGCAACGGAUGAAGAUCAUAUCGGGAAAAGUUGACCUGAAGAAAGUGUUUGCACCAACAGCAAUUGCAGCGAUUGUCGGGUUUAUAAUCGGGAUAGCGUCUCCGAUCCGAAAACUAUUGAUCGGAAAUAAAGCUCCACUUCGUGUAAUUGACAGCUCUGCAUAUAUAUUGGGGGAGGCAACAGUUCCAUGCAUGACCUUGAUAAUGGGGGCAAACCUUUUGAAAGGUCUCAAGGGAUCUGAUGUGAGUCGGACUGUGAUCAUAGGGAUAAUAGGGGUGAGGAACAUAUUGUUGCCAUUGAUGGGGAUCGGUGUUGUUAAAGCAGCUCUCCAGUUGGGGUUGGUGGCAUCAGAUAAUAAGUUAUAUCAGUUCGUUCUUAUGCUUCAGUUUGCUGUUCCACCUGCGAUGGCCAUAGGUACCAUGACCCAAUUUUUCCAGCUUGGCCAAUGUGAAACUUCAGUGAUAAUGAUGUGGACUUAUGUUGUAGCAGCAUUCACCCUCACACUUUGGUCUACCUUGUUCAUGUGGAUUCUGGCUUAAUUAUUUGAUGCCCAAAUACCCAAAAAGAAAAAGUUAACUUCCCUGAACGGGGUAGAAUAUUUCUAGUUGUGUUUGCCAAGGUUUUCAUAGAUAGGAUACUGGAAAUUGAAUUUUAACCAAGUUUACUGUGGUUAAUUUGAGAGUUUAUUAUCAAUGACUAGUUAUGCUUAUUAGGAAGUGAUCAUAUAACACUAUCUGUUAAUGUGGAUAUACUCAAAUUUUAUAAA